AUGGCCAUCCCAUCCCGGGAACUCGUAAGGAAAGGCUCGAAUAGUCUGGCCCAAUUGUGCAUCGCUCGCGGGCUGUUCGACGCGGCCACGGAAAUCAUAUACAGCGACGUCGAGGAUUUCGCCUAUGGCGCCAAGACGAGCCUGAGCGCACUGCCCAGGGUCGCCGAGAUCAACCGGUGGCUGGAGAGGAGUCCUCUGUCGAUUAUGGACGAGCCCAACAUAUUUCAUCUCAUGGUCGCCGUCAAUCCGGGAGGAGGGAAGGGACUUAGCGCCGUGGGCUGGACACCCGCCGAAAGCGCCGCGGCCGAUGCGCGGCUGUCUAGUAUCCUUAGAGGCCGUCAGAGGAACCUAAACGACAGCAUCUUAAGGCGAGGGGAAGUACCCACUAUCUACUCCAACGCCGAUCGUGUUCUGGCCAGGAUAAAGGCCUCAAAUUCUUUAUAG